GCGCGCCGUAAAGACCGUUCGAUCUAUUUCCACGUCAUCAAUCCUCUUGAAUCGUCGUUUUGACGGCUGAGAUUGCAGUUGCAGAGGCUACCUGUAGAGAGCAAAAACAAGCUUCCUCUCUCCCUCCCUUCUCCCAGCUCUCUCUUCCAAAUCUCUGGUUUUUAUUCUGCGAAAAAAAACAUCAAAUCUCUUUUUGAAGAUGAAGUUGCUGGAAGAGAUGGAUUUUGAAGAGGAAAAGAAGGAGAUUGGGGUUAUGAAAGAGGAAGAGGUGGAUGGUGAAGAUGAAAGUGAAAUAGACGGCGGCGAAGAAGAAGAGAACGACGACGAAGAUGAAGAAGAAGACGAUGAAGAGGAUGAUGGUGAUGAUGAAGUGCAGGCUAUUCAUUCUUCCGGUGGUCCUUCAUUUCAGUCAGUUGAUGACGGCGAGGAUGAUGACGAGGACGCCGAAGACGAAGACGAUGACGGUGAUGACGAUGACGAUGACGACAGCGACGAUGAUGAGGAAGGUGAAGAGGAGGAGGAUAUGGGAACAGAAUACCUGGUCCGGCCAGUGGUUCGUGCUGAAGAUGAGGAAGAUGCUAGUGAUUUCGAACCAGAUGAGAAUGGCGAGGAAGAAGAUGAUGACGACGACGACGAUGAUGGCGGGAGUGGUGGAAAAAUUAAAGCCCCAUCCAAGAGGAAGAGAUCGAACAAAGAUGAUGAGGACGAUGAUAGCGGAGAAGAUGAUGAGCGACCCUCCAAGCGAUAAGGCUGGCCCCUUCACGUAGGUGUCAUUCCCUUGAAACUCGGUUUUUGUUUUAGCAAAGAAUGGUAGGAUGCGAAAUGCUGUGCAUUCUAUUUUUGGUUGUAUUGUAUCAUCAUGGUUCAGUACUAUUUCUGUUACAGUGUAGUUUUAUUCUGGUAAUAUGCUUCUCUGGGAUGAAAAAGAGCAUUCUUGGGGGUGGGGGGUUGCUUUAGGAUUUGUGUAAUUUUAGGAUGUUGAUUAAACUGUAAACUGAGCAUGGUUUUACUAGUCUGGUUC